AUGUCUCGUUCAAAUCUCCUUUUAGGAAGCUACAACGAAGCUAAAGCCAAAGAAAUUUCUGCCACUCAAAAGACAGAUUUAUCUUCUGAGCCCGAAGAUCUUGGAAGGGGUAAGAGGGUUCGCAGGAUGAGGAGACCCUUUUCUCCUGCAAUUGACUACCAUUUUGACUCAUCUUCGUGUAGCGAAGAAGAAAGUGCUUCACAACUGAUGAAAAAUGGAUUGCCUCCUGCCCCAUUCCUAUUGCCGGUCGCCCAGUCAACGGCCCUUUCAGAUGAAGGUACACCAGGAUAUUAUAGUUCGCUACCAAACGAAGAGAAUGCAGUAUCACCAACUCAAGAGAUCUGCAGUGAGUUAAUCAGUACACCAAUCACUUCUCCACAGUCUAGCAGUGAAGUUGAAGAUCGUUCUAUGCAAAUCCAUGGACAAGUUCAACGCAAGAAUUCAGGCGCUGCUGGCUCAACUUAUAGAAAAAGAAUCAAUGAAAGUACAUCAGGAUAUUGUAGUUCGCUACCAAACGAAGGGAAUGCAGUGUCACCAACUCAAGAGAUCUGCAGUCAGUUAAUCAGUUCACCAAUCACUUCUCCACAGUCUAGCAAUGAAGUUGAAGAUCGUUCUAUGCAAAUCCAUGGACAAGUUCAACGCAUGAAUUCAGGCGCUUCUGGCUCAACUUAUACAGAGAAUGUCGUUGCUGGGUCCUCCGGCACUCCAGCAUGUGGUUCAUCUGGGACAAUGGGAACGUUUAACCGUUAUGUAGUAUCACAACAAGAUUUUCACAUUCUUCGUGCCCUGAAGCAAGUCAAUGCUACAAUGAAGGAGAUGGAUCGAAAAAUUUUAUCCAUAGAUAAGAAGGUGGAGAAGACGGCAACUGAAGAAACUACUUUUGCUGACAUCGAAAAUUUACCAGUAUCUUUUCCGCUAGCAAACGUUGAAGAAUUCAUUAAGCUUGAAGACAUACUAAAUGAAGACCCAUCUAAAGCUGCAAUUGUGUAUCAGUUAGUAAAGUCGUGUGGUGGGAUGUCGGAAUCGGAUGCGAUUUGUCGGGCGUGGAUCAAAAUUACUUCCAUUGAGUGUCGCUCUGACUGCAAUUGGAAGGGUGUCAAAAGAGGCACUCACCAGAAACAUGGGCUAGAACUUUCAUCGAUUAAGGAUGCUGUAUUAAAGGGAAUCAGAAUGAACGCUACGUACGCAGAUCUCAAGGAUGCGGUGUUUGAACAUGAGACCAGGAAGUUUUUCGUCCGCGCUCCUGAAAAAGUUCGCACUAAGCUUCGCGCGAAGAAGCGCCCAGCAGGCACGGCUGAUCAUCCACAACUUCCCAAUGGUGUGGAUUGAAAAUCGUCGUUUCAGUUGUGAGUUAAGGACCAUCAUGCCUUACCCCACUUAGUCAAAUUCAAUUUCAACCAAUCAAGAAUCACUUCUCAUGG